AAAGCAGGAAGUUCUGAAACAGGCUAAUCAUGGAGAUUUUUCGUAGUUAUUAUUUUACUGAUUUUCUGUUAUCAGCUACAAACGCAAUAUGAAGACACUUAUUAACAUCAUAAUAGACAAUGCCAUCUAUACUAUACGAUGUUGUAACAAGGAUUUUGCGGAGACAAAAAAGUGCUGCGAGACGACAGAACACCAGCAAAGAAAGCAUGCUCUUAUUUGCGCCUACCAUUGCACACUGACUGCUGUCCGCGUCCUCCGCGCAUGUUCCACUUUCCCGGAAGAGAUUGCUGCAUUAAAAGACAGAGUAAGUUGAUGUGUAAUGUUAGAAGUAUGAAGCGUAUCUUCUGUGGAUCUACGCCUACCUCCGAAUACACAAAAGUGUCGAAUAAAGGUUUAAAAAAUCAGAAUACAAGAAUGGCUCAGUCAGAGAGCGGACAUGUUGCUUCGAAAGACUCUAAAACCAGAUCAGACGCAUGUUCAGGUCAGCAGUCGGCUGUUCCUCUGGCUGUGGUUGAGGAGAUCUUACUGAACCUGCCAGCACAUCAGGUGGUCCAAGUCUGUCGGUUGGUGUGUCAUGAGUGGAAGGAGCUGGUGGACAGUGCUGCACACUGGAGAGUGCGCUGUCGGAGAGAGGGGCUCCAGCCGAAUGAUGCUUCCAGACCCCCAGAGGACUGGUGCCAGUUUUACUUUCUAUCUAAGUUCAGACGUAACCUGCUCAAGAACCCCAGAGCUGAUGAUGGACUUCAAGGAUGGGAGAUUGUACAGAAUGGAGCUGACAACUGGGCAACCGAGUUGAACAGAAUACCAUUGCCAGACAACACAGUCACCAAAUGUUUUGUAACAUCUAAUAGUCAAUGUUUUAAGGAGCAGCUGAUUGAUCUGAAGAAGGAAGGCUACAGUGAGGCUUUCAUGGAUCAACUGCGACCUCAUAUCAAAAUAUCAGACUGGUAUACCCCACUCUCGGAUUAUGGAAGUCAGUAUCAGUUGUCUGUAGAUUUGCUUGAUCAGGAGAAGAAUCCCAUCAGAACCUAUCAUCCUUAUAAAAUUUUCUUUCAGAGUGGGAACGAUUAUCCAUGGUGUCAAAUUAGCUACGUUUUUAGGAAUUAUGGACCUGGGGUUCGGUUUAUCCGUUUCACUCAUGGAGGGGGGUGGUCUGGAAUACGGAUUACUAACAGUAGUGUGGAAAUCUGUCCGGCUGCAGAGAGGUUGAGAUGCACAAAACCUAACUUGCUCAGGAAUCCCAGUGCGCAAGAUGGACUUCGAGGAUGGAAGAUUGUAGGUAGUGGACGUGACUGCUGGGUUAUAGGAGAAAAUCGGAAGCCAAUUCCAGACUCGGUCACCAGCUGUUUCAUAACAUCUUAUGGGCUGUGUUUGAAGCGACAGCUGAUUGACUUAAACAAAGAAGGCUACAGUGAUACUUUCAUGGAUCAAGUGCAACCUCAUAUCAAAAUAUCAGACUGGUAUGCCUCAUGCCAUGACUGUGGAAGUGAGUAUCAGAUCUGUGUAGAGUUGCUUGAUCAGAGGAAAAACUCCAUCAAAACCUUUCAGCCUGAGAAAGUUAUAUUGUCAUUUUGGAACGGUGAGCCGUGGUGUGAAAUGAGCCACGUGUUUAAGAAUUAUGGACCUGGGGUUCGUUUUAUCCGUUUCACUCAUGGUGGAAACGAUACACAGUUCUGGGCAGGUCAUUAUGGAAUACGGGUCACUAACAGUAGUGUGGUGAUUUAUCCUGCUGAUGAGAGUUUCAGACUCACAAAUCGUAACUUGCUCAAGAAUCCCAGCGCACAAGAGGGACUUCAAGGUUGGGAGAUUGUAGAAGAUGGAGGUGACUGCUGGGUGACUGGAGGUAACGGGACAACAUUUCCGGUCAACACAUGUUUUGUGACGUCUUAUGGUUUAUGUUUGAAGGAGCAGACGAUUGAUCUGAAGGAAGAAGGCUACAGUGAUGCUUUAAUGGAUCAACAGCAACCUCAUAUCAAAAUAUCAGACUGGUAUACCCCACUCUCGGAUUAUGGAAGUCAGUAUCAGUUGUCUGUAUAUUUGCUUGAUCAGGAGAAGAAUCCCAUCAGAACCUAUCAUCCUUAUAAAAUUUUCUUUCAAAGUGGGAACGAUUAUCCAUGGUGUCAAAUCAGCUACGUUUUUAGGAAUUAUAGACCUGGGGUUCGGUUUAUCCGUUUCACUCAUGGAGGGGGAUGGUCUGGAAUACGGAUUACUAACAGUAGUGUGGAAAUCUGUCCGGCUGCAGAGAGGUUGAGAUGCACAAAACCUAACUUGCUCAGGAAUCCCAGUGCGCAAGAUGGACUUCGAGGAUGGAAGAUUGUAGGUAGUGGACGUGACUGCUGGGUUAUAGGAGAAAAUCGGAAGCCAAUUCCAGACUUGGUCACCAGCUGUUUCGUAACAUCUUAUGGGCUGUGUUUGAAGCGACAGCUGAUUGACUUAAACAAAGAAGGCUACAGUGAUACUUUCAUGGAUCAAGUGCAACCUCAUAUCAAAAUAUCAGACUGGUAUUCCCAACGCUAUGACUGUGGAAGUGAGUAUCAGAUCUGUGUAGAGUUGCUUGAUCAGAGGAAAAACCCCAUCAAAACCUUUCAGCCUGAAAAAGUCAUAUUGUCAUUUGGGAACAGUGUGAAGUGGUAUGAAAUGAGCCACGUGUUUAAGAAUUAUGGACCUGGGGUUCGUUUUAUCCGUUUCACUCAUGGUGGAAACGAUACACAGUUCUGGGCAGGUCAUUAUGGAAUACGGGUCACUAACAGUAGUGUGGUGAUUUAUCCUGCUGAUGAGAGUUUCAGACUCACAAAUCGUAACUUGCUCAAGAAUUCCAGCGCGCAAGAGGGACUUCAAGGUUGGGAGAUUGUAGAAGAUGGAGGUGACCGCUGGGUGACUGGAGGUAGCGGGACAACAUUUCCGGUCAACACAUGUUUUGUGACGUCUUAUGGUUUAUGUUUGAAGGAGCAGCUGAUUGAUCUGAAGGAAGAAGGCUACAGUGAUGCUUUAAUGGAUCAACAGCAACCUCAUAUCAAAAUAUCAGACUGGUAUGCCCCACUCUCUGAUUGUGGAAGUGAGUAUCAGAUCUGUGUGGAGCUGCUUGAUGAGAAGAAGAAACCCAUCAGUACCUUUCAGCCUGAGAAAGUUUUCUUUCAACAGGGGACAAUUUAUCCAUGGCGUCAAAUGUUCCACGUGUUCAGGAAUUACGGACCUGGAGUUCGGUUUAUCCGUUUCACUCAUGGUGGGAAGGAUACUAAAUUUCAGGAAGGCCAGCAUGGAAUAAAGGUCACUAAUAGUAGUGUGGAGAUUUAUUUAACUGAUUAGAGUGUUUUCCAGAUUUAAAUCCAUCACCUGCAAAAGUGACCUUCAAGUGAUGAACUGUAGUGAUGCAAUAUGCUUUAAGGAUAUCUUAUAUACCGCUACAUAGCUCUAUAGCAAAUAUAUUAUUUUACAUUAAAUGUUGUAUGUUACAGUGUUAAAAUGAAAGACCUUAGUUAAACUGCUCAUCAUAUAAUCAAGUACAAUAAACAUCUCAUAGCUA